GUAAAGGCGAGCGUCGAAUUUGCAGCCUCCAGCGGACGAGUCACGGGCCGGUUUAUCCCCGAUUCCAUCACCACUUCCCUUCCCUUGGAGUCCAAUCAUUGUCGUCCCCCGCUAUCAUCACCCACCAUGCUUCCUCUUCACCAAUGCAUCGCCCCCCUCCUACUUCACUUCAUCUUCCUCGCACCUUUUUCGCUGGCCAUAGCUCAGAAUCAUGAAGACCCAACCAUCAGAACCAUGGAGGCUUUCUCCGGCUAUCCUCUUCACGAACCCUCCUCCUCUUCUAUCCCAAACCCCAUUUCUUCUCUCCUCGUCGAUGCGGAUUCCUUGGUGAAACAGAUUGAGGAGCUUUCUACUUUCUCGGAUUCUCCUUCCCCAUCGGUUACCAGGGUUCUUUACUCUGAAAAGGAUGUAUUGGCGCGAAGGUAUGUCAAGAACUUGAUGGGGCUCUCUGGUCUCUUUGUUAGAGAGGAUGCUGUCGGUAACAUAUUCGGUAGAUGGGAGGGCUCUGAACCAGAGCUUCCUGCUGUUGCAACAGGCUCUCAUGUUGAUGCAAUUCCAUUCUCUGGCAAAUACGAUGGAGUUGUUGGUGUUUUAGGUGCUUUAGAAGCCAUCAAUGUCUUGAAAAGGUCGGGGUUCAAACCAAAGAGGUCUCUAGAAAUUAUCUUCUUUACCUCUGAGGAACCUACACGCUUUGGAAUCAGCUGCUUGGGUAGCCGCUUGAUGGCAGGGAGUGAUGCACUUGCUAAAGCUUUGGAGACAACUGUUGAUGCUCAGAAUAUAUCUUUUAUUGAAGCUGCUAGCUCUGCUGGGUACUUGACUGAUUCAGCUCAGAUAUCAACGGUGUUUCUGAAGAAAGGAAGUUACUCUGCUUUCCUGGAAUUGCACAUAGAGCAGGGGCCCAUUCUGGAGGAAGAAGGUAUAUCUAUAGGAGUAGUGACUGCCAUUGCAGCUCCUGCUAGUAUAAAGGUGGAGUUUGAAGGCACUGGAGGCCAUGCCGGUGCUGUACUGAUGCCAUAUAGAAAUGACGCUGGACUGGCAGCAGCUGAGCUAGCACUAGCAGUUGAGAAGCAUGUAUUGAGCUCUGGAUCGAUCGAUACUGUCGGUACCGUUGGUAUUCUGGAGCUUCAUCCUGGAGCAAUCAACAGCAUUCCAAGCAAAUCACAUCUGGAAAUAGACACCAGAGACAUUGAUGAAGAACGCAGAAAUACUGUCAUUAAGAAGAUUCAUGAAUCUGCAACUGAAAUAGCUCAAAGGCGACGGGUCAAACUAUCAGAAUUCAAAAUUAUAAACCAGGAUCCACCAGCACAUUCUGACAAAUCAGUAAUAGAGGCAAUGGUUUCUUCAACAAAAGAGCUCAAUCUCACACACAAGCUGAUGAUCAGCAGAGCAUACCAUGAUUCACUGUUUAUGGCCAGGAUAUCCCCAAUGGGCAUGAUAUUCAUUCCUUGCUAUAAAGGGUACAGCCACAAGCCUGAAGAAUUCUCCUCUCCCCAGGAUAUAUCAAAUGGAGUCAAGGUAUUAGCCCUUACCCUUGCCAAAUUGUCCCUGCAGUGAUAUCUUAUUCCAAAUUCCUGUAAAGUUGAUUGUUCACGUCCUUGUUUCAUUGGAGCCUUGUUCCCUGUGAACUUGUUUACAAUAAAGUUUGAAUUUUCUCCCAUUACUGAAUUUUCAUGGUGGGUGAGUUUAGAACUAGAUGAUUAGUGUGUGUGAAUGCAAAAGAAAGAGACAAGGAUCAGCCUGUUUAUCCAAUUAUAUUUGCAAUUUGAA